CACGUGCAGAGGCGCAGCUGAGCCCAGCGGAGGCCUCCGGACUCGGUGGCCUCCAGCAGAAACCCUUCCCGGGCUUCGAGGGGGCACCCCCGGUGGACGGCCAGGGGGAGCUUCUCCGGAGAUCCUAGGACCCAAUCCCGGAGGGAGGCUGGGAGGAAGAGGGCGGCGAAGCCAUGUGCGCCUUGGCCAUGUCAGGAACCAAUGCAUCCUGGUGGGCACCUGCCAACGUAUUCAGCUGCCCAGGCUGUGGCGCCAACGCCACAGACGGCCUGGCCCCCGACCCGCGGUCCGUGGACGCCUGGCUUGUGCCGCUCUUUUUCGCCGCACUGAUGCUGCUUGGCCUCACAGGAAACUCGCUUGUCAUCUUCGUCAUCUGCCGCCACAAGCAGAUGCGCACGGUGACCAACUUCUACAUUGCUAACCUGGCUGCCACGGAUGUGACUUUCCUGCUGUGCUGUGUGCCCUUCACCGCCCUGCUCUACCCACUGCCUGCUUGGGUGCUGGGCGACUUUAUGUGCAAGUUCGUUAACUACAUUCAGCAGGUCUCCGUGCAGGCCACCUGCGCCACUCUGACCGCCAUGAGCGUGGACCGCUGGUAUGUGACCGUAUUUCCGCUGCGUGCCCUGCAUCGCCGAACGCCCCGCCUGGCGUUGGCCGUCAGCCUGGGCAUCUGGGUGGGCUCGGCAGCCGUGUCUGUUCCAGUGCUCGCGCUGCACCGCCUCUCUCCUGGGCCGCAAAUCUACUGCAGCGAGGCCUUCCCCAGCCGCGCCCUCGAGCGCGCCUUCGCGCUCUACAACCUGCUGGCGCUCUACCUGUUGCCGCUGGUCGCCACCUGUGCCUGCUAUGGGGCCAUGCUGCGCCACCUGGGCCGGGCCGCGGUGCGCCCCGCGCCCGCUGACAGCGCCCUGCAGGGGCAGCUGCUGGCGGAUCGAGCGGGCGCUGUGCGCACCAAGGUCUCUCGGCUGGUGGCGGCUGUGGUCCUGCUCUUCGCGACCUGUUGGGGCCCCAUCCAGCUGUUCCUGGUGCUGCAGGCGCUGGGCCCGGCGGGCUCCUGGCACCCGCGCAGCUACGCCGCUUACGUGCUCAAGAUCUGGGCGCAUUGCAUGUCCUACAGCAACUCGGUGCUCAAUCCGCUGCUCUACGCGUUCCUGGGCUCGCACUUCCGUCAGGCCUUCCGCCGCGUCUGCCCCUGCGCUCCCCGGCGACACCGGCGACACCGGCGGUCUGGGCCCUGGUGCCCCGCCGCCCGCCACGCCGAGCUGCACUGCCUGACCGCCCACCCGGCCCCUAGGACGCGGAAGCCGGGAAGCAGUGGGCCGGGACCUCGUAGGCUAUGCGUCCUGAGGGAACAUGCUGCCCCUCUCUGAGCGCGUUGGAGGUGGGCCCCUCAGGAACAAGCGCUGCUAUUAUUCUGUUAUUAAUAUCUUAAUUUUUGUCCAAGAUAAUCCUAGUGAACAUACCUUGUCCUCUUGUAAUGUUUGAUACAAACUGGCUGUGAUGUUCGCUGCUCUUGCUAUUGUGAUGAUUAUUUCUGCAUUUCCUGAAACUGAAGAUGCUUUGAUACUGGCACCUUCUGGAACUUUUCAGGAAGCAUCAGUAGACGUUUUCACACACUGCCUCCAGAUUGCCUGUACGAUUGUAAGAUACAUCCCAUUGUCAGCGAUAUCAAAAUGUGAACAUGCUGUGCAUCUUAAAAUUGACGAAACAAGGUGUUAUUGCUGCUAUUUGGUGAGUGUCCAGCGUCCUGGCUGGAAAGCUGGUGUCAUUGAGUAAAUAAAACC